CCCGCGGGCGCGACAUUCGGGAGCGGCCCGCCGCACAGCUUCGGCGUCCGUAGGCUCCCGCCCCUGCUUUCCUGAGGCGGCCGUACAAUCCUCGGCAGUGUCCUGAGACUGUAUGGUCAUCUCAGCCUCCGCGCCCGCUUGGCCCCGGACUCUGCCAACUCCAGUCGUUCGAGCCACUUUUUUUUCCCCUUGAAAACCCAGAAAAGUGACUCCUGACUCCUUUUCUAGGGAAAAAGGAACUUCGGUUCCCUUUUAGCUGCCCUCCUUUUGCGUUUGACAGCCUCCUCCCACUCCUUUCCCCGACCCCGCCUCCCCGUGCAGGUUCCUCCCUGUCACCUUUCUCCACCCCCUCCCCCGCACCUGGAGAGCCGUCUGUAAACUCCCACCUGACUCUGCGGGGCGCUCGGAACCUGCGAGCACUUAGGACAUUUAACGCAGCGCGGGCCUCGGGGAGGGGGCGAGGGCCACAGCCAAGGCAGCGGCUGCAGCCCCCACCGGCCCUGGAGUCCAGGUGCUCGACGUCUCAAAAGGCUACAGCGACAAUGACAGCUGACAAGGAGAAGAAAAGGAGUAGCUCAGAGAGGAGGAAGGAGAAGUCCCGAGAUGCUGCCAGAUGUCGGCGGAGCAAGGAGACGGAAGUCUUCUAUGAGCUGGCCCAUGAGCUGCCUCUGCCUCACAGCGUGAGCUCCCACCUGGACAAGGCCUCCAUCAUGCGUCUGGCCAUCAGCUUCCUGCGCACACACAAGCUCCUGUCCUCAGUUUGCUCUGAAAAUGAGUCUGAAGCUGAGGCUGACCAGCAGAUGGACAACUUGUAUCUGAAAGCCUUGGAGGGUUUCAUCGCCGUGGUGACCCAAGAUGGCGACAUGAUCUUUCUGUCAGAAAACAUCAGCAAGUUCAUGGGACUCACACAGGUGGAGCUCACAGGACACAGCAUCUUUGACUUCACUCACCCCUGUGACCACGAGGAGAUCCGUGAGAACCUGAGUCUCAAAAAUGGCUCUGGUUUUGGGAAGAAAAGCAAAGACGUCUCCACAGAGCGGGACUUCUUCAUGAGGAUGAAGUGCACGGUCACCAACAGAGGCCGAACCGUCAACCUCAAGUCAGCCACCUGGAAGGUCCUGCACUGCACGGGCCAGGUGAAGGUCUACAACAGCUGCCCCCCUCACAGCGGUCUGUGUGGCUGCAAGGAGCCGCUGCUGUCCUGCCUCAUCAUCAUGUGUGAGCCCAUCCAGCACCCGUCCCACAUGGACAUCCCCCUGGACAGCAAGACCUUCCUGAGCCGCCACAGCAUGGACAUGAAGUUCACCUACUGCGACGACAGAAUCACAGAACUGGUUGGUUACCACCCCGAAGAGCUGCUCGGCCGUUCAGCCUACGAGUUCUACCAUGCACUGGACUCAGAGAACAUGACCAAAAGUCACCAGAACUUGUGCACCAAGGGUCAGGUGGUGAGUGGCCAGUACCGGAUGCUUGCAAAGCAUGGGGGCUAUGUAUGGCUGGAGACACAGGGGACGGUCAUCUACAACCCUCGCAACCUGCAGCCCCAGUGCAUUAUGUGCGUGAACUACGUCCUGAGUGAGAUUGAGAAGAAUGACGUGGUGUUCUCCAUGGACCAGACGGAGUCCCCGUUCAAGUCGCACCUGAUGGCCAUGGACAGCAUCUUUGACAACAGUGGCAAGGUGCCUGUGUCUGAGAAGAGCAGCUUCCUGUUCAGCAAGCUGAAGGAAGAGCCCGAGGAGCUGGCCCAGCUGGCCCCCAUGGCCGGAGAUGCCAUCAUUUCUCUGGAUUUCGGGAGCCCGAACUUUGAGGAGUCCUCAGCCUACGGCAAGGCCAUCCCGCCCCCCGGCCAGCAGUGGACUGGAGGGUUGAGGAGCCAUGGCGCCCACAGCGAGGCCAGGAGCCUGCCUGCCUUCACCGUGCCCCAGGCAGCCGCCCCGGGGAGUACCACCCCCAGUGCCACCAGCAGCAGCUGCUCCACGCCCAGCAGCCCUGGAGACUAUUACACGUCUCUGGAUAAUGAUCUGAAGAUUGAAGCGAUUGAAAAGCUCUUUGCCAUGGAUACAGAGGCAAAGGACCAGUGCAGCACCCAGACGGACUUCAAUGAGCUGGACCUAGAGACACUAGCCCCCUACAUCCCCAUGGACGGGGAGGACUUCCAGCUCAGUCCCAUCUGCCCAGAGGAGAGUCUCCUGCCGGAGAACCCCCAGUCCACCCCGCAGCACUGCUUCAGUGCAAUGACAAACAUCUUUCAGCCACUGGCCCCCACGGCAUCUCCCAGCCCCUUCCUCCUGGACAAGUACCUGCAGCAGGUGGAAAGCAAGAAGCCAGAGCCCGCGCAGCGGCCCGUGUCCUUCAUCUUCUUUGACGGUGGGAGCAAGGGGGCCCUGCCGCCCUGCUGUGGCCAGACCUGCACCCCUCUCUCCUCCAUGGGGGGCAGAUCCAACACUCAGUGGCCCCCUGAUCCACCGUUACAUUUUGGGCCCACGAAGUGGCCUGUUGAAGACCAGCACGCCGAGCCCCUGGGGGCAUCGCCGUUGACGCCCCCCAUCACUGCGCCCCGUAUCUCCAUGUUCAAGAAGAAGCUUGGCAGGUCUGCAAAGGGCUUUGGGCCGCAGGGCCCAGACGUGAUGAGCCCGGCCAUGGUCGCCCUCUCCAACAAGCUGAAGCUGAAGCGACAGCUGGAGUAUGAGGAGCAAGCCUUCCAGGAUGGGAGAGAGGGGGACCCGCCGGGCAGCAGCCCCUCACAUUUGCUGUGGAAAAGGAUGAAGAGUCUCAGGGGCAGUGGGAACUGCCCUUUGAUGCCAGACAAGCAGCUGAGUGCAAGCGUCCCUAACGAUGAGUUCAUCCAAAGUCCCAUGAGGGGCUUGGACCAACCUCUGAGACACUUACCGCCGCCACAGCCAACGUCUGUCGUGCGCCCUGGGGAGAACGCCAAGAGUGGGUUCUCCUCGCACUGUUAUGCCCCCCAGUACCAGGACUACAGCCCAGCAGCAGCUCACAAGGUGUCAGGCAUGGCAAGCCGGCUGCUCAGACCCUCGUUUGAGCCCUACCUGCUGCCCGAACUGACCAGAUAUGACUGUGAGGUGAACGUUCCUGUCCCAGGAAGCUCCACGCUCCUACAAGGAGGGGACCUCCUCAGAGCCCUGGACCAGGCCACCUGAGCCAGGGCCUCCCACCCGCAGGCACCCUUCCCAUGCCGUCCCACCAGCUUCACGGUCUGCAUCCAUCUUUUGCAACUAGGUAUUUCUAACAUCAACAUACUUUUUACAAGAUAUACUUACCUGGCAGACUUGCUUAGGUCACCAGGUAGUGGCUUUUUUCUGAAGAUGCUCACUGUAUUAUCCAUAUUUUUAAAACCACAGUUGUUUUACCUGCUACGUUUUGCUCUGUCAAUGGAAAUGUUCUUAAAUUGUAUAAGAUUUUUCUUUCCCCAACUUCAGUUCCUUCUAAUUUAUACUAUUCACGGGUCUCUUUUUCUCUCUGUCUCACACACAAUAGUCAUACUAACAGGUUUGGGGUAUGUUUGUUCUCCUGUAGGGAAAGCUUUGGCUUCAUUGAACUAAAAAGAUUUUGCUGUUGUUGCCAAAGAGAAAAUAAUCUUGCUUCCAAGCUUGGUUUGUGGCCUCUCUCUCAGCCCUUCACCUUCCUCGUUUAAAACUAAUCAUACUGUAAAUUUCAGUCUUUUUUUUUUUUUUGAAGCCACUCUUUGCUCUAAUUUUGAUAUGACUUUUGGGGGAAACAAGCAAUGUGAAGGGUGAACUCCAUUGUAUAUGGUUAUCUGUGAAAGUUGCACAGUAUGGCUUUUCCUAAACUGUUUGGUGUUUUCCCCCCAUUCAGUGGAUUUUUUUAAUUAUAAUUAUUCAAAAACAUAACUGAAUUUUUUUUAAAAAAAGAUUUAUAUCUGGGUUAAGUGUUUAUCAUAUAUAUGGGUACUCUGUAAUAUCUAAAAACUUAGAAACGGAAAUGGGAUCCUGCCUCACAAAAUCACUUUAAGAGCUUUUUAAAGCUGUUCCUCCUCUUUGUGCUGGUGUCGCUGACACUGCAGAACUGUACAGUACUCCCACGGGCCUGCACUAACCCUGCGCAAGGUCUCUCUCUGUUGGCUCUUUGCUUUUGGGAUGUGCCACAGGCGUGACAAACAAUCCAAACAGUGGAAUCACUCAGCGGGAGCAUCGCGCUGGCUUCUCCUCGCGUUCUGUAUGUAUUGUGUAUGUAUGUAUGUAUUAUUAUUACUGCCAAGAGGGUCUGAUGGCACGUCAUGGGGUCGGGGGUUGGGGGUGCAAAUCUAAGGGAGGGGAAGUGCUUUAACUUUUCUUAAAGCUGUGUUGCUAGCCCUUCAGGUGCACUGAGCUAUGUGACUCUAAUGGUCUUUCACAUGGCACACUUGGGUAUUUCCAGAACUACCACGUGACGGGGUAGAUGGGAAUUCAUGAAAGGUGGUGAGCAUUCAGAAAUGGUGCAGCGAUCCAGCCCACAUCCUCCCAGCUCGCCACCUGGGAGUGCGUGGAGCAGGACUGAGAGAGGGUGCAGAAUGGGGGCUGCUGGUCCUGACCGACCAGCAGGUCGCCCUGCGAGGCCGAGGUGCAGGGAGCAGCAGCAGGCAGACCUCCAAAUCAUGCCAGGGGCCCUCCCUGGAGGUCUGUCUGUCACCCGAACAUAAGUAUAAGUAGGAGGCACUGAAAACAGUGUUCUCAGAGCACCUCGUAACUCACGGUAAGAGGGACGGUACCGUUUGCUUUUGAAAUGCCAACCAGGUGGAACUCCUCUGCCAUGGGUACAAUGCAGAAGUUUCUAGAAACACACAAAACAAAAACAGGGUAAGCCUGGAUAAACUUACUGCCAAAAACAAAAUUUAAAUUUCAAAAGAAAUCUAAGCUAUACAGGAAAAGUUUACCUCGUCCCUAUGUUGUCCAAAUCAUACUUCAGCACCACGGCUCUGCCCCACGCACAGCGGCAGAACUUGAAGGGUUACUGACACAUAAGCGCUGGUGUUUGAUUUCCUGUGUGUGUUUGCCUCAGCAUUAAGGGCAUUUUUCCCUUGCAGUUUUACUAAAACACUCUGAAAAAUAUUCCAAGCUUCAUAUUAACUUUAUCAAUGUAAUGAUUUCAUGAAUAUUAUUAUAUUGUCAAAAUUCCUACUGACAACAUUAUUGCUAUACAGGAGCUUAACUUUAUAAGGAAAUGUAUUUUGACACUGAUAUCUUAUUAAAGUAUUCUGAUCCUA